GUGUCGGUGGACACGGUCGAUUCCAAGGGUGAGAACCAGGUGGAUAUCGCCGGAACGCUCACGAAGGUGAACUUGGACCUGGCUGGAGCGGUGUCCAAGGGGGAUCCCGUCGCCAAGCCCGGGGAGUGCGGGUCGCCCAGGAUUCGCUGA